AGCUCUUUGACCAUAUAAGGAGAGCUGUUUCUUUAUAUGGAGGGAAGUAGUUCCGGUGCUCGUCUCCAGGAACACGUCAGCUGCUGAUAUCACUGCGCACAGGAUCUAUCAAACCCGCGACUCGGUCGUUGUGAGCGGGUUCGAACGUGUAGAUGACGUCACUGUAGCGUUUGCCACCGAGUUUGACGUCAGACACCGGCAGACUGACAACUGUGCGUGAAGUGCGGGGAGCUAUAUUCCACCGCGGACUGACACCCCCGGGCGCUGCUCGUCAUUUCCUUAUGUGGAGCGGAGUGAUCUGGGGGCCGGGCCUCAGUGCACCGAACACAACUUUUAAACUUUAUUUCGUUUCAUGGACGAACGUUUCCCGCCGCUGGGUCCGGUGGCGUUCGGUCGUUCGGCCUGAACCGUCGAUGAUUCCCGGACUUGACGAGCUUGACUCGUUGCUGAAGUAACGGCUAUCUGGUUAGCUGCUAGCCGGCAGCUAGCGGUGCUGUUAGCUGCCUCUGCCCGGGCUGCAGCUCCCAGACCCCGGCGGGACGGUUCGUGUUCACACCGAGAGGACGUGUCCGGGGGGGGGGGACAUAAAGUGGACUGCUGGCGGGUAGCGGCGCAGGAAUGGGCACCAGAACCGGACCCGGACUCACGGGGAGCACGACUGGGACCAACUCAGCCUCUGACACCGGGGGGGGGCGGUUCGAGGAGAGAGAGAUCAGCACCGAGGUGAUUUACAGCGGCUCCGACCAGGACUCCGAGUCCGGGGACGAGGAGGACACACCGGGUUCAGGAGGGGACAGGAGAGGGGUGAAGAGGGAGAGGAGCGAGAGGGAGGUCGGCCGUCAGGCAGUGCCCACCUCCGGCGGACAGAGCGGGGGUUACGUCGGGGUCAGUCCCGGGGUGCCAGGGGCCAAACCCGGCAAGAAAACCAGAGGAAGAGUCAAGAUCAAGAUGGAGUUCAUCGACAACAAACUGAGGAGGUACACGACCUUCAGCAAGAGGAAGACCGGCAUCAUGAAGAAGGCGUACGAGUUGUCCACGUUAACCGGGACUCAGGUGUUGCUGCUGGUCGCCAGUGAGACAGGUCACGUGUACACGUUUGCCACCAGGAAGCUGCAGCCGAUGAUCACCUCGGAGACGGGCAAAGCUCUGAUCCAGACCUGCCUCAACUCUCCGGACUCCCCCCCUCGCUCCGACCCCUCCUCUGACCAGAGGAUGAGCGCCACGGGCUUCGAGGAGACCGACCUCACCUACCAGGUCCCUGAGGGGGAGGGGUGCACAGAGGUUGCCAAG